AUGUCUAUUGUAGUUUUCAAGCACAACUCUUCGAACAAAAUCAUAAUGUGUAGUGAUAAUUAUGUAAUUCAUGAAAUUAGCAAAAGUAAUGGGUUGGAGUGUGAGGUUAAAACAAGAACUACACCACAAGAAGUUUGUGUUUCAUGGAUUUUCAAUUGGAACCAACUGAAUGUCAGAAUGGUUAUUGGAUUCACUGGAGAAAUUAUUGUGAAGAGGUCAAAAGAGAUAGUUAUUUCGGUCAAUUUGUCAAUGAAUCAAAAUCUAAUUGUUCAACGAUUCCCGAACACUUCAGUUCCAGAACUCCUUCAAUUUGAAUAUUCUCUUUUGCCAAUUGUUGUAAAACAGUUUUAUUGUAAUAAUGAACUGUUUCUACCAUCUGAAACGAAUGACGCGGUACUGGAAGUAAAUGGGUUGAUGAAGUUUUAUGUGAAUAAAGGAUUUCUGUCGUAUCACUCCGACUUCUUCUGUGCGCUGUUUUCAUCAAACUUUAAAGAAGGAAACAUGAACGAAAUCCCUAUUAAAGAUGUGUCUUACGAUGAAAUCGGGCUACUUCUCAGCACGAUCCAUCCAAAACCUAUUUUCCCAAAUGACAAAACCGUUCCAAAGAUACUGGAGCUUGCCGAUCGAUUCCUGGUCCCAUCUGCCAUCUACCACGUGGAAUAUCAUCUUCUGAAUAACACUAAAAUAGAAAAUGAAAAAUUGUUGUGGAUGGCUGAUAAGUAUGGAAUGGAGGAGCUGUUGGAGAAGAUGAUCAAGGAAUUGGAUACUAUUCAAAAGACGAAACAACUGAAAGCUUCCGACGGCUAUAAUGAGUUGUCUGACAAGGCGAAGGCAAAGAUUUUGGAUAAGAUUGUGACAAUUAUCUGA